UGGUUUUCUACCUCCAAUCACUUCACAUUAAUGUCCAUUACCACUCCCCUCUCUUUCCACUUUGUCUUUCUUGCCCAGCCAAGACCUUCUCCCCCUCUCUCUCCACAAAACCUCCCUCUUCAUUUCUGUAAUUAACACCGAGAAACCUAAGUCAUAGUUUUUUUCAUUUUAUGUGUUACUCAGCUCAUCUCCGAUAGGAUCAUCACCCCAAGUUCACUAAGCUUUUUGGGCUGUUCCAUCUCCAGAUCCUGGAGAUAUCAGAUUAUCACACAGGUACUGCAGAUACUCAGUCAGUCACCUGUGUUUUCAAGAUUUUCAGUUUUUUUUGGAGUUUUCUUGAAAUGAAAAGUCUUCAGAUGAUUUGCAGUGAAAAAGAUCUGCUCCACACAUAGAUAGCUAUCUAGCUACCUGAUACAUAUUUACCCCUACCCAACCCAACUAUCUUGUUCCUCUAACCAGAUCAGAGAUUCCUAGCUCCUGAAAAGUUAAUUCACCUUAGAUUAUCCAAAUUUAUAUAUAAACACCUACUGUAUAUUCCAUAUCACUUGACAAAAAAGGCCAAACAAGAAACAAGAAAAGAACUCCCACCUACAUAGCUAGCUGCUGUCUGUUGAACAUUGAUUUUUCUUUUUUUAGUUACCUACUAAAAUACCCACCCACCCACCCAUGGAUUUCAUUGCUCCACUUCACCAUAAUCUUGAUUCCGGGAUCAUCAACCAGACCGGGCCGGCCGGUUCCCUGACGACCUCAUCCUCCUCCUCCGCCGUCCUCGACCCCUCUCAGCCAGCACCGCCUCAGCUCAGCCGGUACGAGAACCAGAAGCGCCGCGACUGGAACACCUUCUGCCAGUACCUCCGCAACCACCGACCACCGCUAGCCCUCCCUCUCUGCAGCGGGGCCCACGUCCUCGAGUUCCUCCGCUACCUCGACCAGUUCGGGAAGACUAAGGUUCACAACCACAACUGCCCCUUCUUCGGGAUGCCCAACCCGCCCGCGCCUUGCCCCUGCCCGCUCCGGCAAGCUUGGGGAAGCCUCGACGCGCUCAUCGGCCGCCUCCGCGCCGCCUACGAGGAGCACGGCGGAAAGCCAGAGUCGAACCCGUUUGGCGCCAGGGCUGUGCGGCUCUUCCUCCGGGACGUCCGGGAUUUUCAGUCAAAGUCUAGAGGGGUCAGCUACGAGAAAAAGCGGAAGCGACCGGCGGCGGCAGCAUCGGGUAAGCGUAGUUCAGCGGCGGAUCAUCCUCAGCCGCCGAGUAAUCCCGCCGUCGGACCUUUUUGCGGACACCCAUCGAACAAUUUUCUGCAGUAGAGUAAACUUUGAAUAGUAGCUUUCUGCAAAAUAUUAAUAUUGAAACCCCGCCUUUUUGGUCUCUGAUGCUAUUAUAAAUCAUCACUAUAAUACUAUAUAUAUAUCCUCUUAACUGUUUCUUAAAUUUGUAUUCUCCUUCUGUUUUUUUUUUUAAUUUACUCAACGAAAAUGGAUAUUAGGGCUUUGAUUUUUUUCUUGCAAAUUUGCAUGGUUUCUAUCAAACCUGAUACCACUCAUUUGUAAUUAAAUGUAGAGUGGUAUAAUAGUUACUCCAUAUUAUACUCCCCCUGCAUUAUUUACAUGUUUAAUUAUAAUUUACUUGAUCAUUUAUUAAGAUUAGUUUAUAAAACAUCGUUAUUGGUUUUGCC